AGUCUCUCCGGUCCAAAUUCAUCCACCGUCCACGGGUCCGGACUAUGCGGGACAUCAAUGAUGAAUGCAUACUGAGCUUGAGUCGCAAAACACAACGAGUAACAACAGGCCAGUCAUUGUAAUAAUAAUAUAAAGAUUCAGGGACCGAACUUUGUGACUGCAAUAAUCGUAAUGUCAAAAAUAACGAACCAGACAGCGAUCGCAUCAAAACCUGGUUGUUAACGCACCAACAGACCAGUCGACCAUGCCCGCAACAACGCCCACCGUCUUCGUCACCGGCGCCACCGGCGAGAUAGGCACCAAGCUCCUCUCCCUCCUCCAGUCAAGCAACAUCCCGACGCGGGUCCUCUGCCGCCGGCAGGAUCAAGCAGACAGGUUCAACCAGCAACCACAAGUGGAAGCCGUCCUGGGCGACCUGACCCAGCCCGCCGCGGCCCUCGCAUCCCACAUGGCCGGCUGCAAGACCCUCUUCCUGCUGACACCCCCCGCGCCGAACCAGCUGGCCAUGGAGACGGCCCUGGUCGACGCGGCCAUCGCCACGGGCACGGUCGGCUUCGUCGUCAAGAUCGCGGCGUCGGACCAGCGCCCCCGGACGGCCGUGCCCUGGGCGCAGGCCCAUUACCUCGCCGAGGAGUACAUGCGGGAGGCGUGCGGCAGGGCCGGCGUCAGGUGGACGUCGCUGCGGCCCAGCGGGUUCAUGUCGAACCUCAUGACCGCGGCGCCGGCGAUACGGAAGGGCUUCUUGCCGCAGACGAGUGGGGACGGUCGUGCGCCUUGGGUAGACACCGCAGACAUAGCAGCAGUAGCCCACCGCGUGAUCCUCGACGGGCCAACCAAGCACGCAGGCAGGGCCUACGUCCUGACUGGCCCCGAGCGGCUCAACAUGUCCGAGUUCGCAGCCUCCCUGUCGCGGGCCAUCGGCCACCGCGUGCGCUACCUGCACCUGCCCUCCCGCGUCUUCAGGCGCAUGGUGAAGCUCGGGGGUCGUGUGGACGACUUCAUGGUGGACGGGCUGGUUGCCCAGUUCGUGGAGAUUGUGCGCGCCGGCGACGACGUGGACGUGAGCCGCGACGUUGAGGAGAUCCUGGGCCGGCUGGCGACUAGUGUUGAGCAGUGGGGUGCGAGGAAUCGGGAGAGGCUCGAGGGGUUUGAUGUUUUGCCUUAUAUAGCCUCUGGAUUUGUGGUGGGCAUGGCUGUUUUGGGCUAUCUGGUAUGGUGACUAGAGUUGUUGCAAUGGUUUUGAUGUGUUGUGAUCUGUGGGACUUGGAGCGGAUAAUAGAUGUCACUAUCAGUAUUGUUUUUUAAUAUAUUGUUAUUGAUACAGA